AUGUCUUCUCGACCCGGUUCGUCAUACAAUAACAACUCUUAUUCAGACGGUCACCUUGGACCUACGGGCAAUAAGACACUAAGAACUCAGCAGCUUAUGAGCUUCAGAGUUCCAGACAACGACACUAAUUACGAAAGCAAAGCUCAAAGUAAUCACGACAGCGACAUCGAGCUUGAAGACACGUUAGCCGAAAACAUAGCCAAUCAAGCUGAUUACGACAAACUAAAGGCUGAGUUUAAAGCUCUCAAGACACAGCUUCAGGACCUCUAA